CGGUCACGCUGGUCAGUAAUCAGUUUUAGUUUUGAGAAUUAUUUUAUUUAUGCUCGAUUCCGGCGCUGUGUUAGCUUAAGCUAUCGUCAACUGCAAUGCGCUGGACUCCGUUUGGGUUGCCCUGGCUGCUAUGUUGAUAGACUAAUUUUUAUUGUGUAUUUGCUCUCAAUAACACCUGUGGAGUUGAUGGUGCUGUUUUAGUCAACAAGUGAGACAGCGGAACCGAAGCCCCAAAGUACAAAAAUGCCUUUAAAGUUUUUGAAAAAAUGUCGACAAUACAACGUUACAUCGAAGAGUUUAUUUGUUAUAUCAGUGCAUCACCUGCUGGACACCUCCAGCACGGUGGACUGCACGAUCAGCUCGGAGAGUAAGGGACAGGAGUGUCUAGACAACGUUUGCCAGCGUCUUCUGAUCCAGCAACCGGAGUUUUUUGGUCUGCGUUACCUGGUCAAGGGCAAGGACAAGGAGGACGAGUUAAAAUGGAUCGAACUGGAGCGCUCGCUCAGCCGGCAGCUGGAGAAGUAUGCAGCUGGGCCAAGGAUCUACUUGCGGGUGCGACACUACGUGACCACGGGAGUGCGACACCUGAGCGACGAGGCCACUCGCUUUUACUACUUUCUGCAGCUGAAGAGCGACAUCUAUGAAGGCCGCAUAGCCUGCGAUAUCCGCACGGCCAUACUGCUGGCGCUCUACUGCCGCCAGGCGGAGUACGACAGCUACCAGGGCGACAAACAGAGCAAAGACUACCUGAAGAAGUCACUGAUCCUGCCGUGUAACAUGCAGGGCUUGGCCAACGACGACAGCAUGCUGGAGGGUCUGAUCGUGGAAGUUCUGCAGCAACAGGCGGGAAUUGCUCAUCUGGGUCAGAGUCAAGCAGAGGAGAUGUACAUACAGUGCUGCCAGCAGCUGGACGGGUAUGGGGAAGACCGCUUCGCCGCAAAGGACACGCUCGGGAACGAUCUGCUUCUUGGUCUCGCCAUUAAUGGGAUGGUGGUGAGGGCGGACAACGGGCGGCAGUAUUUUCCCUGGAAGGACUUCCACACGGUGACCAUCGACAAGCGAACAAUCAGGAUCGAGCAAAAUAAGCUGGAUGGCGGCGGCAGUAUCGUGGGAAGCUUUAUUUUUGGCGAGGCGGACACAGCCCGAUACUUCUGGAAGCUCACUAUCAGCCAGCAUAAGUUCUUCAAGCGCCAUAUUGACACCGCUACGCCAUCGAGCCUGGGAAGUGGCGCAGACGUGGAAAGCCCUCCUUUGGGGGUGGAUAUUGUUGGUUUCGUCGAGUACGACUACGCCGAGUCAGCAGCCGCCGAACAACUGCCACCGCAUCAACAGCAACAUACUCAGCAACAGCAGCAGCAGUUAGUUUCUUCGAACAUUUCGCUGGUCGCUAAUGCCAAUCAGUUGUUGGGGCAAAGCAGUUCCUGCCUAGAUCUAAGCAACAACAACCUGCGCAGUAGCAGUGGCUUGCUUCACCACGAAAGCAGCAAUAAUAACGAGGAGCGUGAGCGCCUUAAGGCUUUGCUGCCCACAUAUCGUCCUGCGCCGGACUACGAGACGGCAGUGCAACUGAAGUACAGCACUCCUUCGGCUGAGUUCCACAACCUGACUCUGGCAUUGGCCGCGCCCGGCAAAGCGUACUAUGCGGGCUCCCAGCCGGAUGUCCAUAAUCCGGGUGUGCACAGCGAUAACUUGUAUAAUCACCUUAGUGCACAUCGUUAUCCGGACGUAGCCCAGUCGGCAGCUGCUCUCCAUCAUCACAUCAACCUGUAUCACACGCAGCAUCAACCGAAGUCACAUCCACAGCCUAUUAGUCCGGCUCAAGCGUAUCUGGAGCUCUCACAACGAAUGCAAAUGAUACGACACAAGGCGCCCCCGCCGUAUGUGAAUCGACUGAGUUCCUCAUCCACGCCUGACCUGGCGGUGGCCACACCCCGCCCGCUGCAAGGGUACCGCAAUUAUGUAAGUGGGUCUUCCCCGGAUUUAGUCUCCAACCGCACCCUCUUCAAUGGAGGGCAGUUCGUAGCUCUAGCCGCGGGCGGACAUGCUGGCCACAUUCCCACAUCCUCCGGAGCCACCAUGAUGCACCAGUACCAGUAUGUGAGCCACAUGGGAAACUCGCAGCCCUACUUACCGCCGCAUGGAACUUUCGAGAACCUCAACAUGAUCGAGGAGCAGCCGUCCAUUAUGUCUCAACUGCGUCAGUCGGCGAUGAGCCAGGCAGUUGCUGCAGUUGCGGGAACUGUGGUUACCCAGAGUGCACCUUCCCUGCCGCCGAGUGGAUACCGCAGUCCUGUACCACCGCCAGCCAGCAGUCCGUUACCACCGCCAUUUGUUUCUUCUACCCAGAAAUCGUCAACCCCCGCCCCCCUUGAGAGGAGCUUGAUAACCGGGUCCAUUGAGCCCAUCUACGAGAAUGUACCCCUACCUCAGAGGGCGUUGUCAAUACAGUCCGCUUCUACUAUUGUUCCUGUUUUGGCUUUUCCGAAGAGCAUCACCAACAACCUAGUCACUGUUACCAUAAAUUCCCAAGCUGAAGAUAGGAACAUAAAAAUGUACAGGUCGAACCGGACUGUAAGCACGGAGCUGCUAUUCGGGGAGCCGCAAGCUCCUAAGCUCUCAACCAGAGCAGCCAGUGCGGCGCCUGAUAUGGAAAUGGCACCUCCAACUCUGGACAAAUCGACGAGGGCCGAUGCAGAAGAAUCAUUGCAACAGCAACUUAGUAACAUGAAUCUUUCUGUACACACAUUUGGUAGCACCUCCUCUAUACCUAACUCGACGCUGGACACUAAGUCUUCGUCGGUGGCCAGCAAGGACUCAAAACGCAAGAAGCGUUGGAACUUUUUGUCACGUAGCAAAACAUCCGACAAACAGAAGUCAGCUACGCUGGGCAGGGAAAAGGCUACAACGGUAGGUCAGCACGCCAUGCUGGCAGCUAAACUGAAGAUGGUCCAAGAUGAUCUUAACCUUCCACAUCGUUGGUCCACGGGAGUCAACAAGUCGCAGCCCAUAUCCGGGAGAUAUUCCAAGGACAAGCUGUGUCAAAUACUAGAUGAGAAGCUAAGUGACUCGCAGUUGUUCAUGGAGUUUGAACGCAUACCGAAACGACGGGAGCAUGCUUUAUACGAAUGUGCCCUACUGGAGGAGAACGAGCAGAAGAACCACGACCCGAACUUUUUGCCGUAUGAUGACAAUAGAGUGCGAUUGACACCAUCAAUGGACAAUCGCCACGGUUACGUUAAUGCCUCCUAUAUAUCUGCCACAGUGGGUACAAAGCAACGGUUUUACAUUGUGGCCCAAUCCCCGCAAGAGUCGCGAACCAUGAGCAUCUUCUGGCAGUGUGUGUGGGAGGCCGAUGUGUAUUUGGUGGUUCAGCUAACCGAGGAUAUGAGCUUUGUUCCACUAAGCAGUCAGCAGCGUCUAAAGUUUGGUCAGUUCGAAGUAUAUCAGGAAUUCUCACAAGUCACCAAUCGUUGCACCACCAUUAAGUUGCGUCUUUACCACGUACCAUCACGUCGGUACCGUUCUGUCUGGUAUCUGCAGUAUGCGGACUGGGCGGAGCAAAAUUGUCCGCGUGAAGUUAAUCACUUUCUCGGCUUUCUUGAAGAGCUGAGCUCCGUAAGACUCGCGUCCACGCAAGAAGUUCCGCCGGGGCACAACACAAACCCACCGAUUCUCUUACAUUGCAUGGAGGGAGGUGGUCGUUCGGGUGUGACCCUGACUGCGGAUCUUUUGUUCUACACUUUGAAUCAUAACGAGGACCUAGACAUAUCUCGUGUGGUUGGCCAGCUUCGGCAUCAGCGGGACAGCAUUUUACCAUCCUUGGCACAAUACAAGUUUAUAUACAAUCUCCUGAUAUCCUACUUAAAGCGCUCUAGGCUGAUCUAAGGCUGAAUCUAAUAAUCUGUAUAAUUUAAUUAAACAAAAUGUAUCUCGAUUGGUAGCUGUUGCUCUUAAAAUCUAAAUGUUUUGAUAGCAGCUUGUUCUUACGAUAUAUAUUUGUUUUAUAAACUUACCGCUUACAUCGGUAAUCGAUCCGCUGUUCUCAAGAUUGCACUCUUUAUUUGCUUAUAAAUGAUUAUUUGUGAAUCUUAUCGAGAUUUUCUUUAUGACCUUAAAACGAUUUCAUAUUUUUAUCACGAUAAUUUACCAUUCAUAUAGGGCAAAAA